GAAAUGUUCGCCGCACGUGGGUGACGUCCAUUUGCUCGUGCCGCGCCAUAUUGCAUGGAUCGGAUUCGGUAGCGGCCUUAGUGCCAUUUAUAUUUACCUGAAAUCCUCGUAAAGAGGACGGUGAGGAACAAUGGAGAACUCCUACGGUAUAGGAGUUGAAAACAAAUAUUCACUAUUCCUCGACGAUGAGUCGGAUCCUUUCGAGGCAUUGGCGAAUGCCAAGAAGGAGACCGAGAAGAAGGCCAAGGCUUCAGGAAAGGAGAACAAAACUGGAAAGAGCACAGGGACCAAGACAACUAAGAAGGUGGCUGUAAAAGAGAAGGUUCCUGAGAAGAGUGUCAGAUCAGCAGAGAGCGCGCCGGCCUCGGGCCGUGGUGGUGCCGCCAGGGGCCGCGGCGGCGGCUUCGGAGCCCCGGCCGAGAACCGCGAGGAACGCAACAAUCGCAGAAACUAUGACGACCGCCCCAGCUACAACAGGGAAGGCGGCGCGCCGCGGUUCGGCCACCCGGCGGACGGCGCCGAGCGCGGUCGGGGUCGGGGGCGCGGCGGAUUCGGAGGUCGCGGUCGCGGCCGGGGACGCGGCGGCGGCUCCGACUUCCGCGGCAAGCGCGAGUUCGACCGGCAAUCGGGCUCGGACCGCAGCAGCGGGGUGAAGGCGGUCGACAAGCGCGACGGCAGCGGCCGUGGCAACUGGGGCACCGUCGAGGACGAGAUCGCCGCCUCGCUGGAGCCGACCAGCCUGGACGAGUCUGCCACGGAGGCGGAGCCGGCUGCCGAGCCGGCGCCGGCCGAGGAGGGCGAGCAGGCGCCGGCCGAGCCCGAGGGACCGCAGGAGCUCACCCUGGACGAGUGGAAGAAGCAGCAGGAGCCGCGCUCCAAGCCGCAGUUCAACCUGCGCCGCGCCGGCGAGGGCGAGAACGCCUCCCAGUGGAAGAACACGUUCGAGCUGAAGAAGAAGCGCGACGAUGACGAGGAGAGCGAUGAGGAAGAGGAGGAGGACUCGGACGAAGAGGAGCACGACGUGCGCCACGGACGCCCCAAGCGUAUCGUCGAGGACAUCCAGUUCACGUUCUCUGACAGCCGGCGCGGCGGCGGCCGCGGCCGGGGACGCGGCGGCGAGGACGGCGGGUUCCGCGGCGGGUACCGGGGCCGGGGCCGCGGCGAGGAGGGCGGCUAUCGCGGCCGGGGCCGCGGCGGCGGAGAGGAGGGCUCUCGUGGCGGCUACCGCGGCCGCGGCCGUGGCGGCGCCGAGGGAGAAGAGGGUGGCUACCGCGGCGGCUACCGUGGCGGCGAGGAGGGUGGUUACCGCGGCGGUUACCGCGGAGGCGAGGAGGGAGGCUACCGCGGUGGCGGCGGCUACCGCGGAGGCGAAGACGGCGGCUACCGCGGCGGCGGGUACCGCGGCUCGCGCGGCGGCGCCCCGCGCCAGCAGCACGCCCCGAAGGUUGACGACGAGAAGGACUUCCCGUCGCUGGGCUAGAGAGCCGGCACUGGCCGGCAGAGCGGGCGGCCGGACCGCGCCAGGCACGAGCAGCCGCCGGCCGGCCGCCCGCCGACAGCAGAGGUCUGUCGAUCCGGAGCUACUCCGGAGCUAUGUCAAUAGCGUGACUGAGACUGGUGGAGAGGUAGAUGGUAUUUGGCUGGACGCGACCGCCGCGGCGGCGCGGACGGACAAUGACGGAGCAGUGCUGCCAGCGGGAGCGGGGGGGUGCACGGGCCGGCCUCGCAGUGGGCGCGCUCAGUUCAGGCGAGGGCCCGUCUCACCCUCGCAGUCUCGGCGGCUACCAACCAGGCUGUGGCUGUACCGAAAGCAGUCGCCGCUCAGCGCGCGCGGUCGGGCCGCCGGGCCGGUCCCAGCCUCACCGGGUCGCGCUCGGUCGCCCGGCCGGCGCCCCUUUCAGGACGUGACUCGCUCGACCGCGGGGCGCGAUUGCCUCGUGUCGGUGGUGCGUGCGCGACUCGGCUGAGCUCGGAUGGUCGGCGACUGACCGGCCGGGGCGCCGGGCGCUGCGUGCACGGCGCCCCUCGGCCGGGACGGUCGCCGAACGUGCCCGCUGAUCGGCACACCGAGUCGGCCGGGUCUCGCUGCCUCCUCCGAAAUUGGAAAUUAAUCACGAGACGGAUCAUUGUCAUCUAUUCGCUUGUUUGUUUUGUAUGUAUUUAAUGACGGUGGGAGUAACGUCAAGCCAAUUUUGUAUUGUGUAACAUCAAUCGUACAAUACAGUUUCAAAUGGUGAGGCAAA